AUGCGCGCUAUGGUGAUGCACACUUUGCUGCUGCUGGGCAUCGCCUGGGCUCUGCGUGAAACGCAGGCAUCUCGAGCGGAGGUGGAGAUGUUUGAACGGGGCAAGAAAUUCAAAUUGCCACGGAAGUGCGACGGUUGGAAGUUUGACUCCUCCAAAUGCUGUUCCUGCGGUCCUCGAAAUGGUCAACGAGUAGACCAAGAGCUGGAAGCGGUGAUCGACACUUGCGAAGUGGAGAAGAAGGGCGUGGUGGAAGGUGCACCUUGUUGUCCCGUUUGGGCCACGGAUUGCAAGGAAGACGAACCUGAGUUUAAGCUUGGGCUGAAGCGCGACUGUGUGGUGACCAAGGCAGAUUGUUAUGAGGCACAGUGUCAUGACGCCAAAGAAACCCUGGACUCGACGCUCCGUGCAUUGGAGAUUUUGAAGCGGGAGAAACCCAAGGGGAAGACCUACCAAGAGGAGGGCCAUGUCACCGGGAAGAGCUCCAGUGGGGUCGGUUGCUCCUGCGGCUGUGGCGACAUCGCGGACCCAAAGAGCAUGACCUGCCAACUCCUGGAAAAGACGGUCUUCUGCAAAAAGCCGAAGAAGUGUUGUAGCAACUUGAAGGACUGCAGCCCGUCAGAUCCAUGGCCAAAGGCCGUUGCAGAUCGGUCGAAAGAAGUGAAACUGGCCCGCAGUGACCACAGCGAAAAGGUGAAGCAGCUCGAGACCGAGGUCGCAGAUUUAAAGCAGCUCUUGAAGGACUGCAUCGCCAGUUGUAAAGUCACUCAGCAGAAAGCUUGCCUGGAUGACCUGAAGGAGACGUCGACCGUGACGUCCAGCGGAUGGUUCGGGGGUGACAAGGAAGUCACCAGACAGGAGUUGAUCAUGCAGGAUUUCUACAGCAAACUCCACAAGAAGGCUCAAGCCUCACAGCAAGAACGUUCUUUGGCGCGGAACAAAGUGAGGGCGGAAUGCGGUGAUGAAUGGAUGCAAGAAGCGGUGCGAAAAGAGAAGGAUCGACAGAAGGAGUCGAACGAGAAACGGAAGAAGAAGUGGAGAAAGGAGACCUAUGCAAAUCUGCAGAACUUUGCAUCAGGAACUGUGCAAGCCUUGAGCGAUGCGGUGCGAGGCAAGGAGUGUUGCAAAUGCACCAUGCGACGUCUGUUCACCUUCGCCACGGAUUUUUGCUCAGCUCCCAGCUGUGCCGUCUAUGAAGGUAAGUGCAGCUCCAUCAGCAAGAGCUUCUGCGGGAAGCGCUACACCGCCUGCCCGGCAGAUCAUACCUACUACGCGCGCGCGGUACAUAUUGGCAGGUUGGUCGAGGCCCUCUGCCCUCAUAGGUUUUUUCGUCCUCCUGAGCAUCUCUUUGGCGCCUGUGCUGAAGGACGGGACUUCAACACGCCCCAAGAUCGCCGCCGGAGAGGUCGCGUUUUCGGCAAGGCUUUCGCAGUCGCAUUUCGGAGUGGGGUGGCGCAGUGCAGGGACUGGGCCGUGCCGAUGAAAUUGGUGGGGCUAACGCCACAGGAGAUCACCUGGGCGACGGAAAUCCUGGCUGACGAGAAUCGGCUGUCGGAGGCGCAGUUGGACCAAGAAGGCCCUAAAGCAGGUCUGAGCGAGCUUCGCAAAUUGCAGGAAGUGGUUGAGGCAGACGAUGUCGACGCGUUACCUGCCGCCAUCCGUGCAGCAGAGGUGGCGGGCGUGGAGUUGUCGGAGCUGCGCUUCGCGAGAGCAGUGCUGCAGCAGCGGCUGGAACUGCGGCGAAGCCACGCCAAGGAGGUCCUUCAGCGUUUAGUGGCACACCAAGGCGCUGAUCUGGUGAAACUCCGCGGCUCCGUGUUGCUGGCGCGCGCCUAUGGUGUCCACGACCACGAGCGUCAAGCGGCUGAAGAUUUGUUGAAGAGCCGAGAAGCCGAAGCCCGGCGAGCGUUGCCCAGUGCUCUGAAGGCAAAGCACCCGGGGUCGAAAGCCCUGCAAGGUGAACGACGCUUGCGCUUCGCGUCAGAGGCUGAAAGAGUCUUCUUCACCGCAUAG